AUGGCUGAAACAAUCAUUUCUCACAAACACAAGACCACACUCACCGGAGAUAACAAACCACAUGCUGUAGAGAAGGAUGUCAAAAGUUCAGUCGCAGCUAUAAGCCCUUCUGAGACCCCGUCCUCGGGUUCGGAGAAGGGUGAUGACGAGGAUGUCUCUAUUGCGCUCAACGCCGCCAACAUCGACGCUGUUCCUUCGUUGAUCAAAGACAUCAACUCUUUGAGUGAAGGCCUGGAUAGCGAUGAUUCAGAGGCGAGACUGAAAUUGAUGGCAAAGGCCAAGAGUCUUUGGCAGUCCCUUGAAACCCCCAGAGAAACAAUGCUACGCCACACCUGGGCUGAACCUUCGCUACAUUGCGCUUUGACUGCCGGUACUGUGAAAGGUGUCUGGGCUCAUGUAGCCCAGAUCCAAGGACCUUUCAAGGUGGUCGACGUGGCAAAGGAAAAGAACAUCGAUCCCGCUCUAUUGUCCCGCCUCUUACGACAUGUCUCUUCCAUGGGAUACAUUACAGAAGUCGGUCAGGAUACAUACGAAGCUACAAACUUCAUCAAGUCGAUGGCCUUCCCAUUUAUCCACGCCGGAUACCCAUGCAUUUCCGGAGCCUGCCUUAAUGCCCUUGGUCAAUUCCAUGAAUGGGCCGACUUGAAUGCAUGGAAGGACCCGACUGAUAUCAGCAACUCCCCUCUCCAACUUGGAUAUAAGACGGAGAAGACCUUCUUUGAGCACUUGCAUACCAACCCUCCCUACGGCCAGAUGUUCCACCUCCACAUGGGUGGUUACCGCCAGGGACGGCCGUCUUGGAUGGAUGCGGGAUUCUUCCCUGUUCAGGAGAAGCUGAUUGAUAACUUAGAGCAAAGUAAGGACGAUGUGCUUUUGGUCGACGUCGGCGGUUCCUUUGGUCACGACAUUGGAGAAUUCCAUCGGAAGUUCCCUGAUGCACCAGGUCAGCUCAUCCUUCAGGACCUCCCAGUUGUGAUCGACCAGGUCACCACGCUUGACAGCAAGAUCCAACGAAUGAAGUACGAUUUCUUCACUGAACAGCCCAUCAAAGGCGCUCGUGCAUAUUACAUGCACUCCGUCCUCCAUGACUGGUCAGACGAGACUUGCCUCAAGAUAUUGGAGCGUGUUACAGCUGCCAUGAAGCCUGGCUACAGCAAGCUGUUGAUUAACGAGAACGUCAUUCCCAACACUGGUGCUCAGUGGGAAGCUACGGCGUUGGACAUCAUGAUGCUUACGCUUCUUGCUUCACGAGAGCGUACUCUAGAUAAUUGGGAUAGUCUUCUUGGUAGGGCUGGCUUGAAGAUCUCUCAUAUCUGGACUGUGGCGAAUGGGGUCGAGAGUUUGAUAGAGUGUGAGCUUGCUUAG